UCGGGUGAUGGCUUCGUGAACGCUCCCACAGGCUUUCAUGGGCUAAGAACUAUCCAGCCAUGUUUCCUCCUCUUUUUUUCUUCUUCCUCCCGCCUCCUCGAUUUUUCUUUUCAUGCCGCAGCCGCGCGCUCCCGCGUCGGCGGCGCGCCUCCACGCGCACGUCCUCGAGCUCCACCGAGGCUGCGACGGCGGCGGCGGCGGCGGUGGCCACCUCCUGCUCCGCCGCGCGCACGCGGCGUCCCUCGUCUCCGGCGCGCUCGCAUCGUCCCUGCCCCUCGCGGGCGCGCUCCUCCUCUCGUACGCCGCGCUCCCCGACCUCGCCUCCGCGCGCCUCGUCCUCCGCCACCACCCGCUCCGCCUCCGCUCCGCCUUCCUCUGGAACUCCCUCUCCCGCGCGCUCUCCUCGGCGUCGCUGCCGUCCGAGGCCCUUCGGGUGUACAACCUCAUGCUCCGCUCCGCCGUGCGCCCGGAUGACCGCACAUUCCCCUUCGCUCUCCACGCCGCCGCCGCCGCUGCCGCCGACGAGGGGAUCUCCAAAGAUAAGGGCCUCGAGCUCCACGCUGCGGCUCUCAGGCGGGGGCACCUGGCUGACGUCUUCACGGGCAACACGCUAGUCGCGUUCUACGCGGCCUGCGGCAGGGCCUGCGACGCGCGCAGGAUGUUCGACGAAAUGCCUGCACUGGACGUCGUCUCGUGGAACUCCCUAGUAUCGGCAUUACUGGCGAACGGUAUGUUCCAUGACGCGAUAUGGGCACUGGUGAGAAUGCUGAGGGGUGGGUUUACUUUGAACGUGGCAAGCUUAGUGUCAGUCGUGCCUGCCUGUGGUAUGGAGAAGGAAGAGAAGUUUGGCUUGAGCAUCCAUGCAUUGUCAGUGAAAAUUGGCCUGAACACUGUAGUGAAUCUUGCGAAUGCGUUGAUUGAUAUGUAUGGUAAGUUUGGGGAUGUUGAGGCAUCGAUGAGGGUGUUUGAUGGAAUGCUGGAGCACAAUGAGGUUUCUUGGAAUUCUGCAAUAGGGUGCUUUCUUAAUGCAGGGCUUUAUGGUGAUGUCCUGAGAAUGUUUAGGAAAAUGUCUGCGCAUAAUGUCAUGCCUGGUUCUAUCACACUAUCUAGUUUGCUUCCUGCCUUGGUUGAGCUUGGUAGUUUUGAUUUGGGGAGAGAAGUCCACGGGUAUAGCAUAAAGAGAGCAAUGGACUUGGAUAUUUUUGUUGCAAACUCUCUUAUUGAUAUGUAUGCCAAAUUUGGUUCUUUGGAGAAAGCAUCUACUGUCUUUGAACAAAUGAAGGGCCGAAAUGUGGUGUCCUGGAAUGCAAUGAUCGCAAAUCUUGUGCAAAAUGGAGCUAAGACUGAGGCGUUCAAACUUGUCAUAGAGAUGCAACAAAGUGGGGAAUGCCCAAAUUUGAUCACGCUAGUGAAUGUGCUUCCAGCUUGUGCGAGGAUGGCCUCUCUAAAGAUGGGUAAGCAGAUCCAUGCAUGGUCAAUUCGUAGAGUUCUAAUGUUUGAUUUGUUCAUAUCAAAUGCUUUGAUUGAUAUGUAUUCCAAGUGUGGACAGCUGAGCUUGGCACGAAAUAUUUUUGAAAGGUCAGAGAAGGAUGAUGUGUCGUAUAAUACUUUGAUUUUGGGAUAUUCACAGAGUCCAUGGUGUUUUGAAUCUCUUCUUCUUUUUGAGCAGAUGAGGUCUGUAGGAAUUGACUGUGAUGCUGUUUCCUUCAUGGGUGCUCUAUCAUCAUGUACUAACUUGUCUUCAUUUAAGCAUGGCAAAGAAAUUCAUGGUGUCUUAGUAAGGAGAUUGUUAAGUGGGCAUCUCUUUCUUGCUAAUUCCCUGCUGGACUUGUACACUAAAGGUGGAAUGCUUGUUACUGCAUCAAAGAUAUUUAGUAAGAUUACCAAGAAGGAUGUUGCCUCAUGGAAUACUAUGAUUUUGGGAUAUGGGAUGCAUGGUCAAAUUGAUGUUGCAUUUGAAUUGUUUGAUCAGAUGAGAGCUGAUGGUCUGGACUAUGAUCAUGUAUCUUACAUUGCAGUGCUAUCAGCAUGCAGCCACGGUGGGCUUGUAGAGAAAGGGAAGAAGUUCUUCAGUCAAAUGCUUGCUCAAAAUAUUGAGCCACAGCAAAUGCACUAUGCCUGCAUGGUUGAUCUUAUUGGACGUGCUGGACAACUGUCUGAAUCUGCUGAAAUAAUCAGAGACAUGCCUUUUCCUGCAAAUUCCGAUGUAUGGGGAGCACUGCUUGGGGCUUGUCGUAUACACGGAAAUAUUGAAUUAGCGCAAUGGGCAGCGGAGCAUUUGUUUGAGCUGAAGCCAGAGCAUUCAGGCUACUACACUCUGAUGAUAAACAUGUAUGCUGAGACUGGGAGAUGGAAUGAAGCAAACAAGAUCAGGAAAUUAAUGAAAUCCAGGAAAGUACAGAAAAAUCCAGCCUAUAGCUGGGUACAGGAUGGCAACAAGCUACAAGCUUUUCUUGUUGGGGAUGGGUAGCUCUGCUGGGAUAAUUUUGACUUGAUCAGCAGUCUAACAGAUGGUUCACCUCUGUGGUGGUACAAAACCUUUCAUCUGGAAUGAACUUGAUGAAGCAAUAGAUUUUGGAAAAUACUCCCAUUACUGGUAACAAAAUCUAGCAAUACUGUAAAUAAGGAUUAUGACAUGCAGAAGGACAUAACCAGUCUAGUUCUGUAAUCACUGGCCGCAUUUUAGAUCUCUUGCUGCUUGACCUGAAUCAACCAAUGUUAGCUGAGUCUGUUCAAUCUUUCAUGUCCGUCAUUAGGUGUUUUUGGUCAUAGCCUCUGUUCUGAAAAUGGAUGACAGGGUAAGGCAUGAAGCUUCCGUUGCUAUGUGGACAUAUUUUGUAGAGCAAUAUUUUUAUUCUACCAAGGUAUUACUUCUAGAUAACUUGUCUUUCUACAGAGCUGGGAGUAGUUCGUACUUACUUCUUAAUCCAUACUCAACCUUCAUCAUACGGGGCCUCCACCAUACGGGUUGACAAUCACAAUUGCGGCGGUGAAAGAGAUGCCCAGUUUUCCAGGCUAUAAUGCCACAAAGUUCAUGUUUGCCACAACCAUAUUCUGGAUUCUUCUACUAAAGGUAUGAAGAUGUUCUCCAGUUAGAGGGCUGUUCUUGAAAGUUGAAUUUUGCUGAAGAUAGAGCAAAGCUGGGCCCUACUCUGGAAUUUACUUACAAAUUGUUCUUUCAAGUUCUGAAGAUGACUUAGCAGCCCGCCAUUCAAUACAAGCUUCUUUGGAUUCUGCCCUCAGCCUUGGUCACCUAAUGUUUGAUGCUUCAUAAGGCAGCGCAAUUUGCAAAGACAUUAUAUAUUUGUUGUUGUAUGUAAGAGGUUCCUAGAAAGAUUUUAUACUACUUACGGCAACAAUCAACUUGAAGCUGCAGACCUCCAUUUCCAUGGUAUUCAUAUUGAGAGUUUUGUCUAGAUUUUACAAUUCAAUAUUAUCCUGAUUAUGGUCUUAAAUGUAAGCAAGGAAAGCAAAAUUUAUUUGUAAAUUUCAUCUGAAGUUUUGUUUUUCACAAACUGACGUAAAAGUGUGUGCAUUCGCUCUUUCAUGGAUGUUAGUUCCAGUACAGGCCGUUGUUACAUAAAAAAAAAAAAAAAAAGAAACAGGAAAAGACAUUGUCCGACUCUGCCUCAGUUGUGAGUAGAGAUGGCAACGGGACCCAAUACCCGAUAGUAUAAAUAUGAACCAAAUUUAUCAUCUA